CUCCCUCCCUCCCUCCCUCCCUCCCUCGCUAGCAAACGUGCACACGCCUCUUUUGCUUGGCUGUGACCAUGGAUCGAAAAUUCGAGGAGGAGCUCGGCAGAGCUUCCGACGGUGUGGGACGAGCGCGCGCUCGCUGCUGCGCUGUCUGCGUCUCGGAAUGCCUCGGAAUGCCGUGUAACGCGACGUAGCGAGACGACGACGGGCAAGCAACGAGAUGUAAGACUCGACAACGACAGCACAGUAUGAGGUUUUCGAGCAAAUAAUGGUGAGGAAUGAGCGAAUCGAAAUAUUUUAUUAGCAAAAUCAGGAAAGAACCAGCCGCAGGCCCAAAUCCAUAUGCGCCGAGUUGUAGGUUUGUUUUAUGUGCGGGCGUGACGUCCGUGGUAGCGCAAGUGUCUUCGUAACUUGCCCAUAAUCUUUCUCCGUAUGCAAAAACAACUACUUUUGGAACUGCGCUUGGCUAUGGAAAUAAUCCUCGGACUGAUGGGCCAGCUCUGUACCAUAUGUCUCCACAUUGUCUUCAAGCGGGAAUAAGAUGAUUCCGACUUUAACAUUAUGGGGCUGGUACAGGAAGCAUUCUUCCUGUACCACGACUAAUAUGGAACGGUGAUGUCUAUCAUACCGUAAUCUCGGGUUUUUGAGACAUACACUGCAGCGUCCACCUAGGAGAGCAUCGUUGGAGAUGUCUUUAUUCUCCUCCAUUCAGGCAUCUCCGUGGGAAAGGAGGAGAAUCUACAACAUAAGAUGUUUUUCUGGCAAUCUACGGCAAAUACGGCCAAUUUCCCUCCGGAUGCCGAUCUGCCAUGCAAGUAGAAUGUGAUUCUAUUGCGUGUGCAUGUUUCAAGUACCACCGUGAAAACUUUAAACAUGCGGAGAGGGAGUAGAUUCAUCGUUGAUCCUCGUUCCUUGUUCCUGGUCAUUUGGCUGAGGUUUCCAUUGUAUCUUAUGGUUUCAGUCAUCUUCCUUUUGAUAUUAUGCGUCUUCCUUUCACUCCAGUAAGUGCAUGCCUGCCCUUGGCAUACCAAAUGACUCUGAACUCUAUAAUGAUAGAAAAACUCUUAAGUAUCUCAAAUAACGGAGGCAACAAUGCAAGAGAGAGAGAGAGAGAGAGAGAGAGAGAGAGAAUAUGUGCAAUCCAUCAAUUUAUUACAUUCCAUGCCCGAAGAGUGUAAACGACCUAAAAGCUGAUGACUCUUGACAUGUAUAGAACGUAAUAUAAGUCUCCUCCUUAGAGAGCAGAUGACGUUCUUUACAAGAGAGUUCAUUCAUACGUAACCUAGAUUGCGCACACACUCUAUACAUGUCCAAUUUGCACAAUAAUCUGUAGCCUCGACAUUUGCACAGCUAGAUGACGUGGAUUGGGGUCACCUUAGUCACCUUUACUGUCAGUAAGAUAUAUGAAAAGAUAGCCUUUUGUAUAGUUGCACUCUUCCUCGAAGCUCUACAUCGGAAAUGAUUUCGAAACAU